GGAGGAGGCAGCAGUGGAGGGGGAGCUGGCUCCUGCAGUUCUGGAAGGCGCUGCUGCCUUCCCGAGUGAGCGGCGCAGGGAACCCAAGAGGACAGAACCCAGGCCGGCGCCAGGCCCCCUCCCGCCCGCCACCACGGAGGAGGAGGACAGCAAGCCCCUCCGGCCCUGGCCUGGCCCAGCAGGGGCAGGAAGCUCCUGCCUGCCCCUGGCUUGGUGCCCACGCGGGCCCAGUGCGUGAGCAGCUGAGCCAGAUAACCACAGCGCCACACCUAGCCACGUCCCCACGGCUACACCAUGUCCGGCUCCUACGAUGAGGCCUCACUGGCUCCUGAGGAGACCACCGACAGCUUCUGGGAGGUGAGGCUCUGCCCCUUGGGCCCCUCCAAAGCCCUUGGUGUCCAUCAGGCAGCUGUAGGGAAAGACUACUGCCCUGGGAGCCCCUAUGACCCUACAGCUGCCCAGAGAGACCUUGUGGCAUUUCACAAUCUCACAUUCCUGGAGUGCCUGCUGUGUGCCUGGCGCUGUGUUGGGCUUGUGCACUCACAGAGGGUGGGGGGCGACUCACAAGUUGACAGGAGCGCCAAGGAGGGGGUGCAGGGGCAGAUGCUGCCAGAAGAUUGCAGCCCACAGUAUGGCAGCCUGGAGCGGGCCUGGGGUGCCAUAAUGACUGAGGCGGACAAGGUGAGCGAACUGCACCAGGAGGUGAAGAACAGCCUGCUGAACGAGGACCUGGAGAAGGUCAAGAACUGGCAGAAGGACGCCUAUCACAAGCAGAUCAUGGGCGGCUUCAAGGAGACCAAGGAGGCUGAGGAUGGCUUCCGCAAGGCCCAGAAGCCCUGGGCCAAGAAGAUGAAGGAGCUGGAGGCAGCCAAGAAGGCCUACCAUUUGGCCUGCAAAGAGGAGAAGCUGGCCAUGACACGGGAAAUGAACAGCAAGACGGAGCAGUCAGUCACAGCCGAGCAGCAGAAGAAGCUUCAGGACAAAGUGGACAAGUGCAAGCAGGAUGUGCAAAAGACACAGGAGAAGUACGAGAAGGUGCUGGAAGAUGUGGGCAAGACCACACCCCAGUACAUGGAGGGCAUGGAACAGGUGUUUGAACAGUGCCAGCAAUUUGAGGAAAAGCGGCUGGUCUUCCUCAAGGAGGUGCUGCUGGACAUCAAACGGCACCUCAACCUCGCAGAGAACAGCAGCUACAUGCAUGUGUACCGUGAACUGGAGCAGGCCAUCCGCGGUGCUGAUGCCCAGGAAGACCUCAGAUGGUUCCGCAGCACCAGUGGCCCUGGCAUGCCUAUGAAUUGGCCCCAGUUUGAGGAGUGGAACCCAGACCUCCCCCAUACCACUGCCAAGAAGGAGAAACAGCCCAAGAAGACAGAAGGGGCGACGCUGACCAAUGCCACUGGAGCAGUAGAGUCCACAUCCCAGGCUGGGGACCGGGGCAGGGACGACGCCAAGGGCGUGCGCGUGCGGGCGCUCUACGACUACGACGGCCAGGAACAGGACGAGCUCAGCUUCAAGGCCGGAGACGAGCUCACCAAGCUGGGCGAGGAGGAUGAGCAGGGCUGGUGCCGCGGGCGGCUGGACAGCGGGCAGCUGGGCCUCUACCCCGCCAACUACGUGGAGGCCAUCUAGCUGCCCGGCUUCCUCUACACUCCCUUCACUCCUUGCCCACCUUCUCCCCACCCUUCCCACUCUUGUUUCCUUCCCCUCGCCAUAGAGUUCCAGACAUAUUUUCCGAUCAAGCUUUUAUUUUUUUAAAAGUCUAAACAGAACAAAACAAAAAAUAAAGAGACAGAGCAUUUGCAGGGCCACCUGGAGGCCAGGGUGGGAGAGCUUGGGAUGAUGGCCCCAGGGCAGGCGAGGGUCUUAGCGAGGGUCUUAGGAUUUAGCCCGACAUCACGACAUCACAACAUCCGCUCUUCAGGUUCCACCAAAGAGUCUCCUGAGUCCUGAGGGUUGUCUCCCGGACACUUCUACCCUGGCUUACUCCAUCCCACGCCACCCCAGGCUGUAGGCCCCUGCCCCUGUUCCCUGGGCCUGGUUUCCUAACCUUUUCUUCCUCCUGUACCCUAUUCCCCUUCCACCAUCCCCUGCUCUCAAAGACCUCCUCUCCAGACCCCAAGAAGGGAGGCCUGCCAGUCUUUAGUCUUCCACUCUGCCCUGGGAACUGCCCUACUUCUAGCCCCAUCCCUUGGGACCGAGGGGCUGGAGGAGGAAUGGCCACACUCCUACCCAAUAGAGGUUUCCCGAGACUCCCCCAGAUGUGAAGAGGGGUGAACUGGAGGAAGUGGCAGUGCCACGGGUGCAGGAGGGUGAAUGAAGGAGGAGAAGGCUCAGCCCAUGUUGUGCCAGCCCUCCCAACUCAAGGCCCACCUGAGGUACCGAGACCCUGUUUGGGCCCUUCUGUUCAGCUGUCAGUACUUUGGGCAUUGAGCCAUACUCCCUCAAUAACUUGUAGAGAACCCACCCCCUCUCGUAAGUCUUCUGGCGUGGAGUGGGGACCCCCAAACCCAUGGCAAAGCCAGCAACAGUAGCAGCCUCCUCUCAUUUCCUGGGGAGGAGGGCGUCUUGCCCACCCGCCCACCCACCUACCCUCCAUGUCUAUCCAAAACCAUGGAAUCGCUGGUCUCAGCAUCAGCUUCCACGAGACCAAACCUUGUACUGCACGGCACUUGGCCUCACCAUCCCUGUCUCUCUCUCUCUCUCUGGCCUCCUGGGGAAACACUGUGGGGCUCGUGGGACCUUCCAGCCUGGGACCAUCAGGGAAAAGCCUGCAGCUGAGUUUGGCAGGAAGGAGGAGCCCUGGCUCCCAGGAGCAGGAUAGUCACUGCGUCUUUCGUCCUUGUCCCUGCAGCCCUUAGAACAACGUUGCCCCUGCUGGCAGCUCUUCCGUCACACCAGGCCUGGGUCACAGUUAAAAGGCUUUUGGGGUGGGUGUGAAGAAAGAACCUGCCGUCUGGUUGGUGAAAGCAGUAGCUGAGGUGAGUGGAUUGCCUGAGCCUGCGGGUUCGAGACCCGCCUGGGCAACUUGGCGAGACCUCAUCUUUACA